AUGACAAGCACGAUCCCGACCGCGAUUCCCACACAAUCCGCCGCGCAGAACGCAAACGCCGCUUCCAACUCCGCCUCAGGAACGACGUCGCCUUCGGUCGCUGGCGCCGCGCAGCCCACUGCCAAGUCAUACGCCAGUGCGACAAAGAAGUCCGUUUCGCCUCCCGCGAUCGCGUCUAGCACUCCGCAAGUGGCAGUGGGUAGUGCUCAGCAUGGCAAGUCGAACUCGGUCGUGAACGGCAAGGGCUCUAUCCCCCCCGCGGUUCCGGCUGUUGGUCCGACAAUUGCCAACGGUGCUGGCCACGGCAGGAAACCCUCAUCAAUGACGAUUAGUGCCGCUGGUUCGAGUGGUCCCAUGGCCAACGGUGCAAACAACAGGCCCAACAUCAGCUUCGGCUCCAUGAACGCCGGAGGCUCCCCGGCCCCUGCGAACAGCGUGCCCCAGGCUCCUGCCAACGCAGCUGCGCCCGCGAGCAACCCGCGCAUCACGUCGCCAGCCACCUCGCCGUCGCCUAUCCCUCAGCCGCCUGCAAGUGGCGGUCGUCCGCCGUCGGGGCUGCAGGGACAAGGGAAUGGCUUGAGCUUCGGAAGCAUGGGCGGUGGCCAAAACAACCAGUCGCGACCGGUCUCGAUGCCUCAGGGUCCUCCUUUGCCCCAAGCGCAGCACCUCCGCAGAGAAUCGUCGCAAUCCGCACACAGUGACAUGAGUGCGAACCGGAACUUUGUUCCGCAGGCAGGACGCGGCAGAGGUUACAACGGCGGUUACGGUGCUCCUUCGCCUGUACCGCAGUUCCGUCAGCCUGCCAACGUUCCUCGCGGCCCCAUGCCCGGCCAGUUCCAGGGUCAGGGCCCGAUGGGCUCUCCCUACCGUCAAAAUCGCAGCCCAGCGAUGGCGCCCGCGACGAUGCAGCCGCAGGCCCAGUUUGCCGGUCAGCCGCAAAUGCCCUACGGCGGCUAUCCGCAACAAUUUCAGCCGAACGCCCAACCUUUCUACGGGAUGCCCCAACAGCAUCUUGACCCGACCGCCUUCAAUCCCUACGCAGCUUACCAAACCCCCUACGGCAUGCAACCGGGCAUGCCGUUCCAAGGUGCUGCUCCUCCCAGCCCGCGUCCCUUCCAGCCCCAGUACAUCCAGGGCCAGUACGGCGCCGCCCCACACGCUCCGGGCAUGUCCCGCACCUCCUCGCAGGUCUCCGAAAGGCCUCCAUCGACCAUGGGCCAGCCGCAGACGCCAUCUAUGGCUGCCGCUAGCCAUGUCGCUCACACUCCCAGCCAAAGCUCUAGCAGCCCCGCACCCACCUCAAACUUCACGAUACCCGCGAAGCGCCAGAGCAAGGCAAUUGUAAUCAAGAACCCUGACGGUGAGGUUCUGGACCUGAAGAAGUCGGCUUCGCCCGCUCCUACGCCCUCAAAGUCCCCCAUUGUCGUUUCCUCCACCCCUACCCCCCCUCCUCGCGCACCCAGCGCCACUGGUUCGCAGCACGGCCGCGCCGAAAGUACGGUCAAGACGGACGAGGAGAAGAGGGCCGCUUUCCAGGAAGAAUUCAAGAAGCAGCUUGCAGCUGAGAAGGAGGAAGAGCGGAAAAGGUCAGAGGCUGCCAAGGCGGCCAAGGAGAAGGAAGAAGCCGACGCCAAGGCUGCCAAAGACAAGGAGGAAGCUGAGGCGAAGGCUGCUAAGGAGAAAGAGGAGGCCGAGGCUAAGGCCAAGGAGGCCGAGGCUAAGGCCAAGGAGGCUGAGGCUGCGGCCAAGGAGGCGGCCGCUAAAGAAGAGGAGCGCAAGGCCAAGGAGCAGGAAGAGAAGGAGCGCCUGCAGCGUGAGGAAGAUGAGCGCCUUGAGCGCGAAAUCGCCGAGAUGGAGGCUGCCGAGCGCGAGGAAGAAGAGCGUGAGAAGGCCUUCCAGGAGAAGAAGAAGAAGGAGAAGGAGGCGGCCGCAGCCAAGGAGGCUGAAGCGGCAGCUAAGGCUGACGAAGAGAUGAAGCGUCUUGAGCGUGAAGCUGAAGAGCGUGAGUUGGCCAAGGAGCAGGGUGCCAACAAAGACGAGAGCGCAGAGGCCAAGGCCCUCUUCGCUUCCCUCAAGAAGCCCACUUUUGGACCCGCGGCCGCUGCCGCUGAGGCUGAGGCUGCCAUGCCCCCGCCUGCGCAGCCUGCUUCCAAGGCGGCUGCUGCCAAGCCCAAGCCCGCGGCGCUCAAGCUUGAGACCAAGAAGCCCAUUGAGCCUCCUGCGCCUACCCCUGGUAUGCAGGCUCUCAAGUCCGCUCGUUUCCUCCAGGUCCAGAGCCAGGACAUCAAGUAUCCCUCUGGCAUCAAGUCGCCCAACCCUGCGCUCAACCAGGGCGGCAAGACCAAGGGCCGUCAGUACGACAAGGACUUCUUGCUUCAGUUCCAGGAGGUCUUCAAGGAGAAGCCAUCUGUUGAUUGGGACAACAAGCUGAAGGAGACUGUCGGCGAUGGCUCCGAAUCUGCUCGUCCCGGCUCUGCCCGCACGCCUUCGUCUCUCGGCGGCAGGUCAAACUCGCGCCCCAUCAGUGGUGUUGGCGGCUCAGUUGGACGCAUGGGCAACUUCGGAGCUGCUGGUGGACUUACCUUGCCUCCUGGCACUACCUCUGAGCACCGCUUCCAGAUGUCUCAGGGCAUGGCCUCUCGCCCUCCUGUGAACAACCCUCUUGCCAGCCUUGCUGGUGGCCGUGGCGGUUUCCCCAUGGGCAGCGGCGCAGUCCGCUCCUCGUCUUACAGCAUGCCCGCUGCUUCUUCGCCUCGCUCGGGCAGCACCCGCAAGGGCACUAGCCGCACUGGCGGUCGUGGCCAGAGCAGGCGCGACGAGGAGAAGGCAGCUCAGAACAUGCCUCUUACUGCCAACAUGGAGUUGAAGCCUCUUGAAAGGUCUACCAGCGGUUGGGUCCCCACCAGUCUUACCCAGCCCGCGGCUGCUCAGGCUCCCACUGGCAACCUUGCUCCUGACCUUGUCCAGAGGAAGGUCAAGGCUGCUCUUAACAAGAUGACCCCCGAGAAGUUCGACAGGAUUGCCGACCAGAUCCUCGAGAUUGCCAAGCAGUCUGAGCAGGAGACCGACGGUCGCACGCUCAGACAGGUCAUUCAGCUCACGUUCGAGAAGGCUUGCGACGAGGCUCACUGGGCUUCGAUGUACGCCAAGUUCUGCAAGCGCAUGCUUGAGACCAUGUCGCCCGAGGUCAGGGACGAGAAAGUCAGGGACAAGAACGGCAACCCUGUUGUUGGCGGUAACCUCUUCAGGAAGUACCUGCUCAACCGCUGUCAAGAAGACUUCGAGCAGGGCUGGGAGAGCAACCUGCCCGUCAAGAAGGAGAGCGAGGGCGGUGAGGAGGUGGCCAUGAUGUCCGACGAGUACUACGUUGCCGCCGCUGCCAAGAGAAAGGGCUUGGGUCUCAUCCAGUUCAUUGGUGAGCUCUACAAGCUUGGCAUGUUGACGGUCAGGAUCAUGCACGAGUGUGUCAUGCGUCUGCUCAACUUCGAGGGCAUGCCCGAUGAGUCCAACGUCGAAUCGCUCGUCAAGCUUCUCAGGACCGUUGGUGCGACCAUGGAGUCGGACGAGAAGGGUGCGCACAUGAUCCGCGCUUACUUUGAGCGCAUCGAGAAGGUCAUGAACAUGCCUGGCCUGCCCAGUCGUAUGCACUUCAUGUUGCUCGACACCGUUGAGCUGCGCAGGAAGGGGUGGAGGUCCAAGGACGACGCCAAGGGUCCCAAGACCAUCCAAGAGAUUCGCGAGGAGGCGGCGGCUGCUCAGCAGGCGGCAGAGCUCGAGAAGAUGAAGAGCAGCCAGCGUGGUGGCGGCGGCCGCAUGGCAAUGGGCCGCGGUGAUGCCCGUUCGUUCUCUGGUGGCGGCAUGGCGCCUCCUCCCGACUACAACCGCAACACCCUUGGCAUGGAUGAUCUGAGGAAACUGUCCAAGAACGCCUCUGGUCGCGCGUCGAGCUCUGGCCCCGGCACCUUUGGUCCCUCGUCCAUGUUCACUAGCCGUAGCGGCAGCGGCCGUCGCGGCCUUGGUCCCGGUGGCAGCCUGGGCCGUGGUGGUGACGACUCUGGUAACUCUUCGCGGACUGGCACGCCCCCCGUCAAGGACAAGGAGCCUGCCUCGACCCACCACAUCAACUCGUUCAGUGCUCUCGCAGCUCUCGAGGGUGGAGACGAAGGCCCCUCUCCCGAACAUGACGCCACCUCGCCGCCCGCAGCGAAGGUCCAACCGGCCACCGAGGAGAAGAAGGAGGCACCCGCCUCGUAG